CUGCGGAAGUCGUUCCUGUCGGCGGCGAAGCGGUACGCCGCCCGCAGCCACCCGCCCGGGCCCUGCGGAGGAGGGGGACGAGGCUGCGGAGACGAUGCAGCCGAUCCGCUCGCCUGCGCGCCGCCCGCCGCCAUCCCGCCUCGCGCCGCCCGGCGCCGCGCGAUGACGUCACCACCCCCGCCGGUUGCGGCCUCGCGCUCCGCGCCUGCGCGGUAACGCCCCGCCGCGUGCCGAAUCCUCUCGCGCGUCGUUGCGCCGGUAACGGUUGUUGCGUCCUGCGCCUCCUAGCGCGGUUGCGGGCGGCGCUGCGCACGGAGCUUCGUCUUCGCUUCGUCUUCGCUUCGUCUUCGCUUCGUCUUCGCUUCGUCUUCGCUUCGUCUUCGCUUCGUCUUCGCUUCGUCUUCGCUUCGUCUUCGCUUCGUCUUCGCUUCGUCUUCGCUUCGUCUUCGCUUCGUCUUCGCUUCGUCCUCGCUUCGUCCUCGCUUCGUCCUCGCUUCGUCCUCGCUUCGUCCUCGCUUCGCCUUGCCGCGGCCCGAUCGGCUCUUCGCGUCCGGCAUCGCGGCGUUGCGGCUCUGCCCUCGCCGCUGGCCCUUCCCUUCGUCGCUCCGCGCUUACAGCCGGCAGGACAGGCUCCGCACCGAGCGGUGGGAAUCCCGGCCCCCUCCUCCCGCGCCCUCGGGGCCGUUGCCGCAGCUCGGACCCUUCCGCCCCGUGGGACGAGGGCCACAUCUGAGUGCUGGUCCGCUAAGGAGCGACUCCGAGCAGGGGAAGGAGCAGGGAUGGAGCAGCGCUUUGGCAAGAUGUCCUCGAGGCAGCGGUGCAGGAGGGCGCGCCAGGAGCCCUAUCUGCAUCAGGUUGGGCCGCGGCCUCCACGUGCUCGUAGCCCCCAGGAUGACUGGCGCGAUCCUCUGUGGGAGCAGCAGCGCUGGAGAGCCAGGGGAAGAAUGCAUCUGCCCGGUGCCAGGCAGCCCAGGCCUUUCCAUGGCCCUGCUGACAUCCUCCGCAACGAGGAGAAUUGGAGAAGGGCACCCCGAGACCGUGAUGUGCCACCGCCUCCCUCAUACCGCAGAGAGGACCAUCAGAGCCGUAAGCCCAGUGAGGACUCGCUGAGGACCUCUGUGCAGGGAUCAGGGCUGAAGCAACGCUUUGGCAAGAUGUCCUCGAGGCAGCGGUGCAGGAGGGGGCCCUGGACCUUUCCCUGGGGGCCCUAUCCACGUCAGGUUGGGCCGCCGCCUCCACGUGCUCAUAGCCCCCAGGAUGACUGGCGCGAUCCUCUGUGGGAGCAGCAGCGCUGGAGAGCCAGGGGAAGAAUGCAUCUGAUACCACAGCUGCGUCACCGGGACUUCUUCGCCCAGCCUGAGUUCCUCAGCCAGGAGCAGCGUCCUGCUGGAUUCCCAUGGGAGCAAGAAGCUUCCUGGGACGACUGCUUCCCCCGGCGCCACUAUGGCCCACGCCGGAGACGCUACCGACUCCUUCGGCCCAUCCAGCGGGAGACAGCAGACUGCAGCCGUUCUCCCCGCAGCUCCCAAGGCUACCAUCCAUCCUGCAAACCAUCUCGGUCCUGCUCCCCGGAGAGCCAGCCAGGGGUCAGAGAGCAGCUCGCUGCUCCCCAGUCACCUGCUGCCUGCAGAAACAGUCUGCAAAGCCAGCAGCAGGUGGGUGAGGGCCAGCUGGUGGCGAGCAGCAAGGCACCGCGACAGCCCGGGCAUGCAGAGAAGAGCCCAGAGAAGAGCCCGGGCACUGACCCCCAGGCAGCAGAGCAGGAGCCAGCGGCAGGAGCAAAGCCAGUUGAGCCCGAAGGAGGAGAGGGAGCUGCAGACAACGAGCAGCUCUGUGACCUGGAGUUGGAGCCAGUCUCCUCGGAGACAUCCAGCACCAGCGAGGAGGAAGGCUUGGAGCUGAUCCCGCUGGAAGUUACUGCAGAGCCCAGCAGCACACAGCCCAGCACGGCCAGCUCCAGUGUCUGCACUGAGGCAGCAGCACCAGCCGGGACCGGGCAGCCUCCUUGGGCUUGGACAGAGCUGGCUGCAGGCUUCCAGGGCUUACCCCGCCCCCCGCGCUCCGCACAUUCGCCCACCGGCAUGGACCUGCGCUCUGCCGCCAUCCUCACCAAGAAGGAGAGCAUCGAGCAGGGCUACCAUGACUUCUGCCUCCAAUUUGCCCUGGUGUCCACGAUGCUGCUGCAGAAGGAGCCCUCCAUGGAGGCGCUGCUGAUGAAGGCGCUGAGAGCCAACCUGAGCGAGCUCCGCAACCAACUCCUCAAGGAGCUGCAGGACUUCAUCCAGCAGUACGAUGCCACGCACCCCAGCUGCUGAGCAGGGAGCUGUG